UAUCACGUCCACCCCCUCAGCCACUGCUCUCUUCUUUCUCAUCUCUCACAUACUCUCCAUCUCUUGUCUUUGGUGUCUCUGCAGAUCGACUAGGUACCCUCUUCCAUCACUCUCCUAAAGCUCCAGGAUUGCAAAAAUGGCCAGCACCUUCUCAAGAGUCCUAUUAUCCAGAAAAUCAGCUGGACUCCUGGCAAUGGUUGGUGCAGGGUCACUAGCCACUGGGUACCUGAUCAGCAGGGAAGUGAUCAGCGCUGAUACUGACAAAAAAAGAAGACUCUACCCCCCAAGUGCAGAGUACCCAGACCUCAGAAAACACAACAACUGCAUGGCAAGUAACCUAACUCCUGCCAUAUAUGCCAAGCUCUGCAACAAGUCUACUCCUAAUGGCUACACCCUUGAUGAAUGUAUUCAGACUGGUGUAGAUAACCCUGGACAUCCAUUCAUUAAAACUGUGGGGAUGGUAGCAGGAGAUGAAGAGUGCUAUGAGGUAUUUGCAGAUAUUUUUGAUCCUGUUAUAAAGGAGCGACACAAUGGAUAUGAUCCAAGAACCAUGAAACAUCCUACAGACUUAGACGCCAGCAAGAUUAAAGCUGGUCAUUUCGAUGAACGUUAUGUGCUCUCAUCCCGGGUUCGGACUGGAAGGAGUAUCAGAGGUCUCAGCCUGCCCCCAGCAUGUACCCGAGCAGAGAGAAGAGAGGUUGAGAGAGUGUCAGCCGAUGCCCUCAGUGGUCUUUCCGGAGACCUGAGCGGACGCUACUACAGACUGAGUGACAUGACAGAACAAGAACAGCAGCAGUUAAUAGAUGAUCACUUCCUCUUUGACAAGCCUAUAUCACCACUACUUACAGCUUCGGGAAUGGCACGUGACUGGCCUGACGCACGUGGAAUCUGGCACAACAAUGAAAAGACCUUCCUUAUUUGGAUAAAUGAAGAAGAUCACACCAGGGUCAUCUCUAUGGAGAAAGGUGGAAACAUGAAAAGGGUUUUUGAGCGUUUCUGCAAGGGUCUUAAAGAGGUCGAGAGAUUAAUUCAGGAGAAAGGAUGGGAAUUCAUGUGGAAUGAAAGGUUGGGAUAUAUCCUUACUUGUCCAUCUAACCUUGGCACUGGCCUUCGUGCUGGAGUACAUGUUAGCCUACCUCUACUGAGCAAGGAUUCACGUUUCUCUAAGAUCCUAGAAAAUCUUCGUUUACAAAAAAGAGGAACAGGAGGAGUGGAUACCGCAGCUGUUGGUACUGUAUUCGACAUCUCAAACCUGGACCGGUUGGGGAAAUCUGAGGUGGAACUAGUGCAGCUGGUCAUUGAUGGCGUGAACUAUCUUAUUGACUGCGAGAAGAGACUAGAAAGGGGAAAUGACAUCCGUAUUCCUGCUCCUGUGGCUCAGUUCAAGCACUAAUCCAAAGCGCUCUCUCAUACAGCAAGGAAUGUGGCCUACAGUAUCUGUACGCACCAUUAAUAUUAAUAAAAAUUAUAAUAAUGCAUUAGUAAAUGGUACCUAGUGCAUUGAUAUCUUGUGAUCCCACCAUGCAAAAUGCUGCUGCAGCGGAACAUGAAGGCUACAUGUACAGCUGCUCUAUCAUGUUGUGAAUGUUAAUGCUUAUAAACAGCAUAUUGUCACCAGCUUCAUAAAGCUCAAUCCAAAAAAUAAAGUUCAUUGCUGUCCUAUUAAA